GGCGGGUCCUCCCGGCCUGCAGGGGGAGCUGUGGCGGCGGGGCGCGGCGGCGGCGGCGGAGGAUGCUGAGCCGCCUGCAGGAGCUGCGCAAGGAGGAGGAGACGCUGCUGCGGGUGAAGGCGGCGCUGCACGACCAGCUCACCCGCCUCAGGGUGGAGGAGCUGGCGCUGCAGUCCAUGAUCCGCGCCGGGGAGGAGGCCGGAGCCGCCCCCGCCGCCGCGGGGGGGACCCACGAAACUCUCGGGCAGAUGGACAACGAGGCUGCUAUCAAUCAAACUGAGUUACACCUAAGUCUUCAAGAUCAUGAAGAGGAGGAGGAGGAAGAGGAGGAGGAAUCCGAUUCUUGAGAGAAAACAAUCGGAGGCUUUUUAAUACAGACUCAGGAAAUUCUUUGUUUGUAUAAAAUUCACCAACUGAUUUCCAUUUUGUCCUGUAUAUGGAUCCGAACCCUAUGAUAUGCAAGACUCCUGGGAGUCUGGGGAAGUUACCCUUGAACACACGGAUGUCACAAGCUUGGCACAUCUUGACUUAGAUGUUAAAAGAAUGAAAAAUUGCUGCACAGAUAUGUAGCAUAAUCCAUUCCACAAUUAAAACCUAAUGUAGCUUACUGUAUCUUUACAGGUGGAUAAGAGGAGUCAUUAAUCAAGUCAGACUAAUUUAACACAUACAAUAAAAGCAAUAAUUCAGCUGUUAUCUCCUGAUGCUGACGAAUAAAACCAGGCCUUAGAGGCUGGUUGCUGAACCAAUGAUUAUGUUACAACCUCAUUUGCUUGAACUGGGAAUUCUAAGAUGCAGAGUGAGAAGAGAUGUGGCCAGGGUUGGCUCUGGGCUCUCAGCUGCUGUGGGCUCGGUUACACGGAAAACUGGACUUAACAUUCCCUGUCAAUGUGAUCCAGGUGUCUCUCCUUGCACUGGGAGAAGCAGAUGCUGCUCCAUCCACCUAAUUCUGAGCGCAGUAACAAGGUGGCCUCUCUCUGAACCCACUGGUGCUCUUCCUAAGUACUGUCACUCUGACCUGGAAGUAUUUUCUACUCCUUGCUCUUUCACAGUAGCAGCCAAUUAGCCUUUUAUUUGUCCACAAAUUGUACGGUAAGAAUCGGUCCCUGUUACUUGUAAUAAGGAGCUAAUAUUUUUUAAAUUGGUGUUAUUUUCUUUUUCCUCGUGGUAACUUCAUAAAUCAAUGCAAGUCCAUCUUCUGCUUUCAACCACUCUUCAAGGAGGAGUAUGAGGAGUUUAAAAACUUAGCUAGAAAACAUAAAAGUGAUGUGAAGUCCCCUCCACAGUGUCUUUAAUGCUGUGGUAACAAGCUAGUGCUGCUCUUACCAAUAGACAAUAAAUAUGUUCUUUCUCUUGGUGGAGCACAGACAGUUCUUGAAAAGUUGUUUUAAAGCACAGAAAUAAAAUCUGUGAACCUGAUGGCAAGCACUAGAAGUAAUAUUCUGUCUCAGCCCCUCUGGCAGCUGUCCUACUAGGAAAAGAGUCAGCUACAUCCAGGGAUGUUCAUUGCCCAACUGUACCUAAAGGUGCUGGUGCUGUCUCUGGCAUCACUUGGAGAAAAUAGAAUAAAUCACCUGCUGAAGUUUGCUUUUAAGAACAAGAAAGGAACUUGGAAAGGUGUCUAGUGUCCUGGGGGUGGGCAGAACCCAGGAUUCAACCUCCAGUGAGUUCCUGCCACUGUUUGAGGAGAUGGUUUAUUUGGUUUGUAGCAGUAGAAACUGGGUGGUGGAAUGUAAACGUGGCUUCAUCUUGUACUGAGAACUAAUUGGUUUUUGAGAAUCCUGGACGUCUUAAUGAAGGAGCUUAGAAGGUGUGUGCAAGAAGAUUUGGCAAAGCUUGCCCAAGGCUCACAGGUAAAAAUAAACAGAAAGUCUGAGCUGAAAACCUGAGAGGUUGGCAUGUCCAGUUCUUUGCAGGUCCAUGUGUGGGGAGCUCCAGAGCCAGGCUCAGCCCCUCCUUCCCUUCCAGGUUCAGGGCCCUUCACUUGGCUCCUUACAGCAGAAGCACUUGCUGCCUUUGCUUUGCUGGAGCAGUUGCUCCAGGGUUUCAUCUCCAAAGGGUAAUUCUGACUGUUAAAAAGUGUUAUUUGUUCCCACAGCAUGUUGCAGAAUAGCUUUUGUGGAUAUACUUUAUAUCCCUUCUUCCUGCUACCUUUUGUGAAUGCGCCCCUCGCUUGCUUAAAAUAUUGUUCUGGUGUGUGUUGCAAUAAAGUACUUUACCUGGUGUCCCUCUGCAUUUA